AUGCUUGCAACGAACAAACCGGUAGCUGAUGUCGACUCCGGCCGCAAACUUGGGAGACUUCCUUCUUCGUUUCGGCGAAGGCACGUGACUCGGCGCUUACGGCCCCACUGGCGCUUACUUGGCACUCUGCAAAGGCUCACUUCGCAAAGGCCCACCACUUCUACCACAACAUGGUCGAGCUGCGUAUCAACGUCGGUGUCGCAGCGGUCCCAUCCAGGGAUGCCAUUGUUGACUCUUUUAAAUCAAUUGUCACCAAAAUCACAGCCAAGGGACACCGUUGCGAGCUGGUACAAGUCUUGCGCGUGAUCCACGUCGAUAACGACUCGGCCUAUGCGCACUUGGCCGGCGAGUUUUCGGCCUUUAUCCGCUUCGACGACGACGCCCUUUUCAAAGCCCCUAACAACACGCUGAAGGAGCUCCUACCGUCGAAGGUCUCUCUAGCCACUAGAGGCAACAUGCAUACGGCGGUUCGUCACGACUACGAACGAGAAGCGGCCUGUGCUCGGUGCCACUUUGUGGGGCAUGUGGAGACCUGCGCGCUGGAACAGGAGAGGAGGCAGAAGGAAGCGAACAACAACACCGGAAGGCACAACAAGUACCACAACAACCCAACCAACACCACCAACAACAACAACGACACCACCAACACCAACAACACCGACAACGACGCUUCCGAGGUUGUGGCCCCUAGCCGCGCCCUCGGAACCGACCAACUCGAAUCGCGGAACCGAUUUGCGGGGCUCGAGGUCGAAGGAGGACAGGAGGAUGACGUCGAGGAGGAGGAUGCAGGAAAGGAGGGCGAGGAAAAGGAGCAGGUCGAAGAAGGAGACGAGGAUACGGGCGCCAAGGCGGACGACGAGGAUUCGGACUCGGAUGGGAACGCCGGAGCGGGCAUCGACAAGGCGGGAGGCGACGACAAGGACAACGACAAGGACGAACAGAACGACAGCUCGGAGGGAAGCGAACAAAGGGAGGACGAAGGAAACGAUGGGGAUGACGUGAUGAAAGAUGGAGCAGAGGAGGAGGACGAAGGGACGGAGACGGAGGUGGAAGAAGAGGUCGAGCAGGAACAGGGGGUACAGGACGACAGCAUCAUGAUCAUCGACGACGACCAAACGACGAUCACCACAGUUUCCCGCGAGUCGACUCCUCGGAGUCCCUCGUGGCCUCCACUAUCUCCUGAGACGUUGGCAAAGUCGCUGCGCGAGGGUGCGGAGUGGGACCGAGCUAACGCCGAAGCUGCUGCACGUGUCCAAGCAGAAAAGGAGGCGAUCAUCAACGCCCAACUCGACGCGGAGGAACCGCUCGUUCGCCACCAAUUUGCAGAGUGGGGUCAGGAAGAUGGACAACUGCGGUUCAUCAACAUUCGUGGCACCGGCUCCGGGUCGAACAAGAAGAUGAAGAGGUCGCAAACGGUGGCCGAUCUCAACGAUCCGAGCGACGACCCGGUCGAUAUCAAGCGCGUUCUGAACAGGGUCAAAGGUCGAGCAGGAAAGGAGGUAGCGGGUCAGGGGAAGAGGGUGACGAGGUCGAUGUCGGCGGCGGCGGCGAUGCAGGUCGAGGGGGCCAAGGCGAAAGCGGAGAAGGGUAAAGGGGUGGAGGAGGAGAAGCGCUGGUCCGACCACGAGCCCGAGGAUGACAUUCUCCCCGAAUUCCCACUCUUUGAGGACGACACUACCGCCAAGAGCACGUCUACAUCGUCUACCCAAUAAUGAUCAAGCACACCAUCACCAGCUGGAACGUGAGGAGGUGCAUGGGGAUCCCGGAAAAGCGACGCAACAUUUACACCUAUUUAUCAACAUUCAAAGCAUCCGCCAUUCUACUACAAGAACACUUCAUCAAACCGGAACUCUGGCAAUGUAUCAAGGACGAGUACGAGGGCAAGGUCUUCAUCAGCAAACACUGUCUGACUCUGAUCCCCGCCGACUCGCCCCUGAUCGACACCGAGAUUUUGCGCACCCACUCGGCACUCGACGGACGAAUCCUGGUCACCUCCUUUCGACUUCGAGGCGACAUCCGGAUACUCGAGAUCAACAACAUUUACGCACCAGUCGAUACAAAACAACGACUCACAUUCUUUGACAAACUACAUUUCCACAGGACGCAGAGCACCCACCUUCGACUCCUCGGCGGCGAUCUCAACGACUGCCCGCUGCCGGCGAUCGAUCGGCGGAACCAAGGUCGGCACGGCCAUCACUGGCCGAUCCUGAUCGGCAAGCUCGACUCGCCCUACACCGACUGCAUACGAUUCAAACACCCGCUCACACCAUCUUUCACUCGACCCAACAUCGUCCGCAAGCGACCAAAGUCCUUUUCACGACUUGACUACUUCCUUCUGCAGCGCACCCACCAAAAGCGACUCGUCCAAGCCUCGACGAUCUACGACCACCCCAAGGACCUUUCGGAUCACCGACCGGUCUCGAUCGUCCUAGUUCUCUCGGAUGAGCGAGGAGACGCGGCUCAACCCAACAAUAGUUUACCAACGACAUCAAACCAAUUACAUCGUAUCAACGCGGCGACCUUCAAGACGGCGGAGUUCCAGGGGAUGUUGGAAGGAUGGUUGGAAGGAGCGAGUGGGGAGGAACCGGUGGGGGAGCUCGAGGUGGUGCUGGGGAACUGCGCGAAGGAGGGUCGGGAGCUGGCGAGGAGGGAGCAUCGGGAGCGGGUGGAGCGGAUGGCGGUCUUGGUGGGAAGGGUGCAGGAUCUGGAGGCGUUGCCGGUGAUGGGGGACGAGGAGACGGCCGAAUGGACGCGGACGACGGAGGAACUUAGGCGAGCGGUCAACGAGCGCGCGCGCCAACUUCGGAUCCGAGCCCACGUACCCGAAAUCGCUACCGAGGAACGACUGGAGCGGCCGGUCCACGCCAAGCUCGCGGCACGGAGUUCGGAUUCCAAGAUCACAGCACUGCGAUUGCCCAACGGAGAGCUGACACAUGACAUUGACGUCGCGCUUGACCACACACAGGCGCACUUUCAGCGCCUCUACGAUCUCGAGCCGCGCGAUCGGGACCACGUCGAGCGACUUAGGGACGAUUUCUUGGCGCCGAUCAGGUCGGCGCGCACUUGCGACGACCCGAGCUCGGACCCGCUCUUUCUGCGACGACUCUCGGAAGCGCACAUCGAGCUGCUGCAGCAACCCAUCACCGAGGACGAGGUCGUAGCCGCAAUCGCAACAACACACCCCGGUCGAUCGCCGGGUCCAUCUGGCGUGCCCUACGAGCUCUAUCACACAGCGCCGCGGGCGUGGGCCAAGGCGCUGAGCAGGGCCUUCAACGCGAUGACCGAGCGCGGCUCGCUUUCACCGAAGCAGGGGCAAGGACUCGCUCGCCUGCUCUUCAAGCACCACAAGAUUGGGGCCGAUCGCGCCGAGCUCUCGUCGUACCGGCCCAUCACCUUGCGCGAGUGCGACUACAAGCUCUUCACCAAGGUCUACGUUGCGCGACUCAACCACGUGCUGCCGGACCUGCUCCCACCGCAACAGCACGGCUUCGUCAAGGGCCGCCGAUCGGCGGACGCGUCAUUCCACCUGCGACUCUUGAUCGAGGAGCUGGGCGCGCGCGGCACCGAGUUCCCUGACGCGGCGCUCUUGUCUCUUGACCAAUCGUCGGCUUACGACCUCGUCGAGCACGAAUGGAUCUUCGCCAUCUUCGACGCUCUCGGCGCUCCUGCCGCCUUCCAACGCGUUCUGAGGAUGCUCUACUCGGGUGACUCAACCACGGCGCGAUAUAUCAUCAACGGCUUCUUGACUCCGCCGGUGCGGCUGACGUGUGGGCUCGGCCAAGGGGACCCGGCGUCGUCGUCGGUCUGGGAUGUCGUGUUCCAGCCGUUCCUGGAUGCUCUGCACCGUCGAGGCAUCGCGCUGAACCUCUCGCUUCCUACCAUUCACCCCUACCCACAGAGCCGCGCCAUUACAUCCCUUGCGUUUGCCGAUGACGUCGUCGUCGCCGUCGCGGGCUCGGAGUCACUCAACUUGCUCGACGACCUGGCGCUCGACUGGAGGCUCGCAACCAAUGGCCGGCUCAACACCGACAAGACCGUCGUACUACCCAUCGGGUGUCGCUGGGAGGCUGGCGAUCGUCCGCUCGUCGUCAAGGCCGAGGGCGAGUCGCUCGAGUGGAUCGGCCUAUCUUUCGACCCCACCGGCAACACCGAACUCGCCAACGUGAAUCUCGUCGCACGGCUCGAAGCGGUGCUCGAUUCGGCACGGGACCGAGGGCUCACACACCACACCCGAGCGUUCUACGUCAACCGAUAUGCCAUUCCCAAGAUUCUGCACAUCCUCUCCGCCGACAUCCCACCGCUCGAGGUCGUCAAGGAGCUUGAUCGCAUUCUCGCCGACUUUGUCCGCGGCGGCAAGAGGAGGUCGUGCUAUGGCAAGGACGUCGUCUUCACACCGAGGUUCAAGGGGGGUCUUGGGGUCAUGCGGAUGCAGGACGUCGUCGACUCGGUUGCGGCACGCGUCUGGGACGUGCUUCUUGGCGGUUCGGAUGCGAUCUGGCAGGGACUUGCGCGCGCGGCGAUUGUACGAGCCCAUCCCGCCCCCGACUUUGACUUGGCAACCGAUGCGUGGCCUUGCGACUACACUCCGAUCCGAACCGAUCUACACCCAAGAUGGCAGGCCGUGCUGAAGGUACCAUCGACGCACAAUGCGCAAGUCAAGCCGAGGACGUUGACGCUCGCGAACCUUCUCGCUCUUCCGAUCAAGUUGCACACCCUUCACUACCUACCGGGAGCACCAGCUGUGUCGCGACCACCCUACGACGCCGACUAUGCUGCGUUUGCCAUUUACGCCAAGGUAGCGGACCUGUUUCGACGCGAGCUGUACCCGGGCGGGGGCUUUCAUCUCUGGACGCCGCCGACGGAUGUGGUCGUCAGCAACAGCGAAUACGAUCAACGGGGCCGCCCACAACGAGAGCACAUCGUGGCAUGGUACCGACAUGCGAUCAAUCGAUUGAGGUUCACACCAAUAGCUCAACCGGUGGCGGCAGUACGAAUCAACGGGCCUCCCCGAGUCCGCCCCACCACGCCGCUCGAGUCGAUCCUGCCCCAUCCGAUCGACCCGCCGCAGCGCCUUCCGAGACCGGCUCUCCCAGACCAAUCAACACAAUACAACUUGCUCAGCAUGGAUCGGCCAUACACCAUCCGUCGCGUCCGCCGAGUCUUGAAUGCAAAGGCCUUCACCGACACGAUCGGUUUCAGGGACUCGCUGCAGCCCGACGAUCUCAAGGGAUUCUGGAAGGGGGUCAACUCGAAGGCAUUGACGGCGAGGGAACGCGAGGUGUGGUUCAAGCUCGUCAGGAACUUCACCCCGACUCGGAGUCUGCAGUUUCAUCAAAAGCACGACGACUCGCCCGCGUGCCUCGUCUGUGGAGCGCCCAAGGACGAUCGGGAGCACUACUUCUUCGACUGCGUUGACUCUAGGAACGUUUGGAUCGCGGCAAGGGGCGUGCUCUGCGACGCACUGGGGCUCGACACGAUCGACAACACGCAUUACAUGUCAGGAGCACAGCCUGCACUGCCAUCAAUACUCGAAGGAAGUCUCCCAAGUUUGCGGCCGGAGUCGACAUCAGCUACCGGUUCGUUCGUUGCAAGCAUUGUCGGCGCGAUGGUGUAGUCGUGAGGGCGCGCGGGCGCGCACUCAGUGGUCGAGGGUUCGAUCCGCCCGGAGCGUGAUCUGCCUUUUGGUUUCUUUUCCUUUUUGUUAUCCGAGGCCCGGCUUCGGGGUUUUUACCGGUGCCUUGCAGGCAAUCCUUUUUACCCCUGAAGCGACCUCGUGGUGUAGUUAUUUGAUUCAGUCUUUCCUUCGCUCGGAGCACUUCCCUCCUUUUGCUUUUGCCACCCUUCCCCUAGAGCUUGGUCCACUCAUUAUCAUGACUCGUACCCUCCCUCUUUUUACCCAUUUCGCUGGCAAUUAAGUCCGUUACACUUGAUUUGCUGCGAAGCCUUCCGACCGAAUCCACUCCUCGGUUGCUCUCGGUCGACUGCCGCCGCCCAGCCGACUCGACCUUCCCAUCGGCCUGGUCAGCUAUUUCUUGGAUCGUUUGCCCUUCCUCUUUUGUCCGACCUCGUUGGCCACCAUAGUCCGGUACACUGGACUUGCUGCGAGCCUUGCAGCCGCGUAUCCUCCGCGGUUGCCUCUCGGUCGACUUCCGCCGCCCAGCCGACUCGACCUUCCCACCGGCCUGGUCAGCUAUUUCUUGGAUCGUUUGCCCUCCCUCUUCUGUCCGACCUCGUUGGCUACCAUAGUUCGGUACACUGGACUUGCUGCGAGCCUUGCAGCCGCGUAUCCUCCGCGGUUGCCUCUCGGUCGACUGCCGCCGCCUCGGUCGACACCCCCUUCGCUCCUUCGCGCUUUCGCGCGCUCUCUCGCUCUCUCCCUCGUCUCUCGCGUGUAGUCAUCGUCAUCCCCUCCGACGUUGCCUGUCAGCGGGAGCACCGGUAAAAACCCUGAAGCCGCGCCUCGGUUAACAAAAAGAUAAAACAAACCGAAAGAAGACUGCGGUCUGGGCGCCUCGAACCCGCGACCACCAAGUGCGCGCCCGCGCGCCUCACGACUACGCCAUCGCACCGACGAUGCUGUGAAACGAGGCAAGUCUCUGGUCAAGUCAACUCUACCCGCACAUAGUCUUGGGGGGGCUUCCUUCGAGUACACGCUGUCAUCCUGACAUUGAACUCGAGACGGGUGCGACGCUGAAGGUCCUCCGAACCGACAACGGUGGUGAAUACUGUUCGAGAGCGUUCACAGAGUUCUGCAAGGCACGAGGCACCCGUCGACAAUACUCUAUCCCACGCACGCCUCAACAGAACGGUCGUGCAGAGCGGGUCAAUCGUUCCAUUGUCGAAGGCGUCCUUGCCCUCCUUGUCGACGCCCACCUACCCAAGACAUUCUGGGAGGAGGCUGCAGCUUAUUUCGUUUACUGCAAGAACCUGUGUCAACACGCGGCCCUGGACAAGGCAACACCAAACUCCGUCUGGCAGGGUGACCACACCACUGCCUCGGCGCUUCACCCGUUCGGCUGUACAGCUUGGCUUACGGUCGCGCCCGAACUUCGCUCCAAACUCGACCCGAAGGCGGUUCGCGUUCUUUUCACCGGCUACGACCUGGCUUCAAAAGCCUUUCGCUUCUACGACACUACGACACAGAAGAUUAUACUUGGCAGAAAUGCCACGUUCCUCGACACUGAAUUCCCCGGAUUACAUGGCGACCCCACUGAGCAAGACGGCGACACGCACUUCGCCAGCGCUCCCACCACCGAAUCUCAAACCGUUGUCAAGACAUGGACCCCACUAGUAAGGUCGGCGCACAUGGACGUCUCAUCCCCCCUUGAUGAUUCUGCCAUGAGCGCCGUUGACGUGGCCCCAGGGUACACUGGCGGAACCUUACUUAACUUCACAGAUGCCGAAUCGUCCUCGUCACCAUCGCCUGUGCCGUCCUCGUCACCGUCGCCUGCGUCGCCCUCAUCACCGUCGCCUGCGCCAUCGCCUGCACUUUCACCAUCGUCGGCUGCGUCAUCGUCACCCUCGGCCUUACCGACCGACUCUGAAGACUCCGCCGAUCCUCUCGACCUCCUCGGCUCACAGCCCCAGGUUCGCCUCGAUCUACAGGACGUGCACCACCCAGACUUCAGCACGUACCGCGAGCCCGCAUCGGCUGAGGAGUCGCCCGACGAACUCGACCUCAUUGGGCGCCACUCUCGCGACGAAUCUCCGGACGAAAUCGAUUUCCUCACCCGACACCACCGCGCCUUCAUCGCCAUCGACGACGACACCUCUGACACAGAGGCAAUUCAGCCAGUCAAGUCCAUCACGAGCGACCCACAGACCUGGCGCGAGGCGAUGUCUAGCGACAAGCGUGAAGUAUGGGCCAAAGCCGCCACCGACGAGUUCACCUCCAUGCGCGACGACUUCAAGGUCUUCACCAUCGAGGACCGAGCCACGGUGCCCGCGGGUGCGACUAUCGUUACAUCCAAGUUCGUCUGGAAAACGAAACGGAACGCACUCGGCGAAGUCACUGGACACAAGGCAAGGCUGGUCGCGCAAGGCAAUCGGCAACGCGACGGCAUCGACUUCAACGAAACGUUCGCACCGGUCGCACGCUUCUCCUCGAUACGCUCACUCCUCGCGCUGGCGGCCGCCAACGGCUUGCACGUGCACCAGGCGGACAUCGACAAAGCAUAUCUGCAUGGCGACCUUGACCACGACAUCUGGAUGACGGCACCGCGCGGCUUCGACCUUCCCAGCGACAAGGUGCUUCGCCUGCGACGCUCCAUCUACGGGCUCAAACAGGCUGGCCGAAUCUGGAAUCGACACAUCGACGCUUCGCUUCGGGCCCUCGGUUACACGGCGACGGGCACCGACCACUGCGUAUACUCUUGGCUCGAUGAUCGUCAAUGUCCACACUACAUCGCACUGUACGUCGACGACCUCCUGAUGAUCAGCCCGGACCUGGCCGAAAUCGAACGUGUCAUCUCAGGCCUGGAACAACGCUACGGAGUCAAGCGCCUCGGCCCGGCCGAGUAUAUCCUCGGCAUCCAGAUCAGGCGGUUCGACGACGGCUCUAUCGCCCUAUCCCAGGAACGGUACAUCAUGGACGUGCUCGCUCGGUUCCACUUCGACACCACGACUCGCGGCACUACAGUUCCGAUGACUCCCGGCCUUUCGCUCACUGCUAUCCCGGGUCAAGGCACCGAACGGAUCAGGUCAUGGUGUCAGGAUGACAGCGUGUACUCGAAGGAAGCCCCCCAAGGCUAUGUGCGGGUAGAGUUGACUUGA